GUCGCGUUUGAGACCGUCCACGCUUGCGGGUACGUACGUCAGACCGCUGUAAAGCACAUAUCAAUCGCAGUGAAGAGUGAAAUCGGGCCAUGAGUGUGUUUAACUUUGUGAUUAAGCCGUAAAUUGAGACAUUGACUCUAAUAAGUUCUCAAUCGAUACAUCUGAAAUCAGCCUCCGCGGACACUUUCGCAUCUGAGAUUUUGUAAUGUGUACCAUUUAAUAUAUUUUUAAGUCUUUUAUUUUAAAUUUUUUGUCAAAAAAAAACUUUAUCUGUGUUCAAUUGGUGAGCCUUAAUACAAACAUAACUACAAGGAUCAUUUUUCAUCAGAAAGUGCUAAUAAGCAUUAUUGACUUUUUAUAUUUCCUAAGAAUAUCAUGGAAUAAUUAUCGAAUCAACAUUAAAGUUGUUAACCAGAUUAAUAACGUCACUAUUGGAAAUAUUAUUCGCAAAAAGAUCAUCGCUAAAGCUCGACAGAUCUACACGUUGGUGAAAUAUUUUGGAGUGGGAGUUAAUUCUACCAAAAGAAAACCAUGGGGAAGGGGAAGGCGACCGUAACAUUUAGGCAAUUAUCUAAUCUCUGCUACCGUCGUCGCAGAAGAAAGUACAUAACUGAUCCAAAAACUAAGACGCUCGGUGUUACCAUUUUCGUAAUGGCUGCCUAUAGAAAAAAGCCAAAAGAAGAAGUAGAAUCGGUGGCUGACGCACCAACACCGAGAAGGUCCAUACCUAAAUCCUCAUCGGCUAAACAGCUUUUCGAUAAAAGUAGCUUAUCGACAGUGAUUAUAGAUAAUCUGGGCCAUAAGCAUAGUGGAUCGUCAAAUAAUAAUCUUAACGCGAUGCCGAUUUCACCUUUAGUUACUCAGACUCAGUCUGCUUCCGAUAGUGAUGGUGGUCACAGUAAUGCAACUACCGCACUAGUACCAACUAAUCGUAUGCCGCGCAACGAAUCCAGUACAUCAGUCAAUGUAGCGGAUGUAGAACUGCAGAUAUCACGUCGACCUUCCAUACUCUUGCACGAAUUACUAUCAACACGACGUCCUUCAGCUGUCAUGGCCACCCUACGGGCACCAGCAUAUACACCGAACAACACAAGGCCUAGAAUUAUGGGGUCCCUUCAAGAAGAUCCAGACAAUUUCUCAGCACCAAGUUCCAAUGGUAGUGGACCGGGCGGACCAACCAACCAGCUAGCCGUCGAGUCACGCCGGAAAAAUCGAAGAGUUGGAGAUGAUGCUUUGAGCACGGCCUUAUCUGCAUUGUACUGUAAGGUCUUGGUAUUAUUAGGAGUUGCAUUUCCUGUAACGGAAUUAAUCACAUCAAAAAUACCUACACAUAUAUAUCAAGGGUUUUACGUUUUUCUAUACAUUGGAAGUUUGGCUUUCGUAGUGUUCGUCUAUGCAGUCCAUAUGAAAAGCAGAGCACUAUUCAAUAUACUGAAGACUUUCCAUGAAAAAGCCAACAACAUACACAUAAAACGGCGUACUCAGCAGCUUGGAAGUUUCUACCUUCGAGUUGGUGCCAUCGCCUUCGGUAUUGGAACCAUGGUCUACUCAGGCCUAGAAUUCGGACAAUUCUUCGAGCUGAGUGGUCAUCCUGGCUGUGAUAAUAUAUUCAUUGCCCUCACACCUGCUUGCCGCAUGGCCUUAGCAAUUAUCCAGAUUCAAUUCAUCUUCCUUAACACCACAGAACUAGAUAUUGGUAGGCACAAAGUGGUCGCGAGGUUCGGGCUCAUGCAUAUGAUUGCUACCAACCUUUGUGAAUGGUUGUAUGUUCUAGUCGAGGAGACAAAGCACGAAAUCUACCACAUUAUGCAUACAACAACGAAGUCAAUGCCAAUGAUUCAAUUAGCGACUGACGCCCACAACAUCACAGGACUAAACGCAAGCUCAGUUCCAUUGUCAAUAUCCAAGAGAUCUGACACUGGAGCGUAUGUAAGUUGCCAAAGAACCAAUAUAAUGGGAACCCUCGUACAAGACUCGUCACCAUUCUUGUUUCCAUGCACAAUUGAAUAUUCACUAAUUUGCGCUGUUAUAUUAUACGAAAUGUGGAAGAAGGUCAAAUCCAUUCCGGAUAUACAACGAUCAAGGAGCAACUCCCAAAAGCCGCACGUUCGCAGCGCAUAUCACUUUUCUGUAGACUGUUCGGGCGCUCACAAGGGCAUGUUUGCAGGGAUCCUAGUGACCGUCCUCACCAUAAUCGCCUUGAUUAUGUACUUCGUCCUCCAGAAACAAGAAGGCUAUUCCGAUGUGGCUGUUUUAGAAAUGACUAUUUGCGAAAUUAUCAUGUACUCACUCACAAUCCUGGCCGUAAUUAUAGCCAUGAUCAAAAUCCGCGACCUAAAGUACUUGAAAGGAAACGAUGAACAUGAACAUUCUAUGGAGUUGGAUUGUACACUUCUGGUCCUGGCUCAAACGGGAGUCUACUUGUAUUCUAUGUUCAGCAUGAUGGGAAGUUUCUAUGCAAUAUGGCGAGGAGAUCAAGGUGGCCGGGAAGGACUUGCUGCCGAAGCUUUGGCAAUGCUACAGGCGUCGGUCCAGACUUUGUUUAUUCUGAACGCGUGUAAGAGAAAAUGCAAAGGAGCCCAACAGCAGCGCGAGAAACCCGGCAGGGAACUCGUCACGUUUCUGCUUAUAGCUAAUAUGUCGAUAUGGUUCAUAAAUGCACUUGUGAAAGGACACGCUUCAUAUCGCACGUCACAUAAUGAUUUCUUCGGAACAUGGGCAUGGACUAUAAUUGUGCAUGUUUCUAUGCCAUUGGCGAUUUUUUACCGAUUCCAUUCGACCAUUUGCCUAUUCGAAGUGUGGAAAGCAACCUACAAAGCAAAAAAUCACGACCAGGGUCAUCACUAAUUACUAAUAUUGUGUAAUGCUAGGAUUAGCUAAAGUAUUGUAUGUAGCUAGCUUCGCUAGGAUCUAUACAAUAUUAGUUUUCUUUUGUAGCUUUAUGAUACAUAUAUAUCGAUAAUUGCCUUAUUUAUUAUGUUUUUUAGCUUUAAGUGUACAAAUAAAAGUGCUAUUUUUAUAAUAUUGAA